AUGGAGCAUCUCGGUCAGUCAAUUCUGACAAGUUUUGCCUCGGUUCCAGAUAUAUUCCGAGUAUUGCUCGUAUCCACUCACCUUGCCCACCUUACCCACCCGUCACCCAUGCUGUCUCGCGCCAGAAUCAUUUUCCGCAAGCUCCGUGGUAGUGGCAGCCGUGGCAGCGAGCCCGCGCCAUCAGCGCCGGCCAUGACAGCAGAGAGUGAAACGGACGACCCACCCCCUCGCGCCCUCCAUAUCAGCGACUGGAGGCGGUCAGCCCCCGAGCAACGCUACCACGGUCAACAGCGCAUGGAAAUUAUUGUCGUGAAUGCCAAAGGCUCCGCCGAUGGCUCUCGUCUUGACGAACUACUGGGGAGAGAGAAGGAUCCUUGGCGCGAGUUCGACGUUACAUUGGACGACUCUGGCACAGAUUUCGUUUGUAAUGGUUACCUCUUCACUGUCCACUUCACCUCGGCCAGCGGUCGGGGGUCUUAUUCAGCGAUGCUCUCCCUCUAUCAGCAUAUCCCCCUCAUCUUCACAUAUGAUGCUUCAUCAAGGGAAUCAUGGGACGAAAUGGUCACCGAGUAUGAGGGGAUGCGCAGCCGCUGCAAAGAUGGGGUCCACCCCUUUCUUACAAUAAUGAUUGCCGCUAUGGGUGAAGGUGAAGCCCUCAUGGACGCGGAAGCUAAGGCGUUUGCAGCCCAGCGGGACUGUCUCUUUGUCAAGGUCUCACCCAGAACUGGGCGCGGCAUGUGCGAUGCAGUCUGCUCACUAGUUGAGCUGGCGUACGGCGCUCGUGAUCAAUAUACUACGGAUCAGGAGGACUCUCCCCAGAGGUUAAAGAGGGCGAACGCAAUUGCGGCAUUAUUCCCACCUAGGGAUGUCUAG